AUGGAAUCUUCAAUUAACUCUUAAAUAAGAAUAAAUACAACAUAAAACACCAUAGUUUCUAAAAGUUACGGUAAAACAAGUAUCCUAAACACAUAAUAUUUGGAACUUAAUUCUUAUUCUGCUCAAUUACCUUAACUAAAUCUAUAAUUAAGGACAUUAGAAAUGAGUGAAUCACCUUAAAAAAGAGUAAGAAAAUUAAAAAGUGUAAGAAUCAGAGAAUAAGAGACAAUAUAUAAAAGAAUUAGUAAGAGUUUUGAAUUGAGAAAUAUGAAUGAUACAUAGAAAUAAUAAAGAAGGAAAAGUGGUAUAGAACAACUAUCAUAAAAAUAGGUAAAGAAAAAUAAUAUAAAAUAUUAGUUAAAUCUUGAUUGUUAAUAUCCAAAAACAAUAGUAUAAUAAUAGGAAGUUAUACAAAGGACAAAGGAGAGAAAAAGAACUCUAUUUAAGAGAAUGUCAAGCAUUCUUAUUAAGCAUCAAAAUACAAUUCGAAAUAUCAGUAAUUUAGAAAAUCAUAGAAACAUUGAAAAAUAGUAAUAAUAAAUGAAUGAUGAAUCUAAUGUUAUAUAAUGUUAAGAAGUGAAAAAAUAAAAGUUUAGAUCCUCUGUUAUAGAAUCUUAAAAACCUAGAGUAGUUUUAAAUAUUACUCGUAAAUCUAGAAAGGCAUUUGCUUCAAUUCAAAGUUAUAUAAGUGAAAAGACUACAAUAGUAACAAAAGAAUAAACAAUGAAUCAAAAUAAUAGUAUAAAUUAAACAAAUCCAUUUAUGAGCUACAAGUGUUUUUAGAGUCUCACAGAUUUGAAUGAAUAAAUUUAGAAUAAUUCACAAUUGAAUUAAGGACGAUUUGAAUAAAUAAAGCCUACUUAUCCUCUACCAGAUAUUAAAUUGAUUUCUUCGGCCAGAAAUAAUUAUACUUAGAUUGAUAUGAAUUAGUUGAAAUAGAAGAAACAAAUUAUUAAUAUUGGUAAUAGUUAGAGAAAAAAAAGGAUUUCUAUAAACUAAUGA